GCCCAGACCCAGACCAUUCACACUAUAGUCUUCUCUCUCUCGCUCUCUCUAGAAUCACAGCGACAGCAAUGGCGGGAAAGGCAAUGGUCGGCGAUGGGUUAACGGAGAAUCUCGCCGGAAUGACCAAGAAUCAGCUUUACGACAUUAUGUCACAAAUGAAGACAUUAAUCGAACAGAACAAACUGCAAGCUAAAGAAAUUCUCAUUCAAAAUCCUCGCUUGACUAAAGCCCUUUUCCAGGCACAAAUUAUGCUUGGAAUGUUACAGCCUCCACAAGUGAUUCCAAGUAUCCAGCCUGCCGCAUCUCAGCAAUCAUCACAAUUAUCUCACCAAUCAAACAUUCAGGCUGCACGUACACAAGCUUUACAGGAACAAACAGUUGUGUCGCAAAACCAACCUCCAUUUAGAAAGCAACAUCAGAAUCAACCUUCAAUACCUAUUUCUUCUGCUUCUGUUGCUCCUAUAAAUUUGCAGUCUCAGCCUAUGCCUUCCCACCCUCUACAAACACCACAGCAGCCCAAGGGUCAUAUGAAUUCUCAAGGAACACAAAUGCCUGGUCCACAAUCCUCUCAGCUUCCAAACUUACCUCCACCUCCUCUUCCUUCUGCUUCACAACCCCCACCACAUCAUCAACCCCAAUUACCGACUGUCUCUACUCAGUUGCAGCAACCUUUAAACACAAGUGGAUUUCCUCAUGCGUCACUGCAGCCACCAUUGCCAUCACAACCUAGAAUGCCUUCUGCACCAAACUUUCAUCAUCAGUAUGGAAUGCAAAUGGGGCCGAAUGUGGGAUUCCAACAUCCCGGUGCUCCUCAACAUCCUAGUGCUCCUCAACAUCCCUCACAGUCCAUGUAUCACUCUGUUAACAAGCCUCAAGGUAACAUGGGGGGGCCUUCUUUUCCACAGGGACAGCUGCCUUUCCCAAUUCAGUUACAGGGACAGCUGUAUCAGGCGGGAGGUUCACACCCAGGGGUAGAUUACAAUAAUCAAGGUGGAAGUUUGAUGCAAGUUGACAGAGGAUCUUCUUGGAUGUCUAAUCCACCAGAGAGCUCAGCAAUGGCUCAGCUUCCAGGAGCACCACAAUUGAUUCCUGGUCAUAUGGGCAUUGGCAACCAGCCCAAUCGUGCUGCACCUUUGACUCCUGAUAUGGAGAAAGCUCUGCUUCAACAGGUCAUGAGCCUCACACCCGAACAGAUUCAUCUGUUACCUCCUGAGCAAAGAAAUCAAGUGCUUCAGCUGCAGCAAAUGCUUCGCCAAUGAAACUUAUUGAUUAUUCUUCGAAGAGACAGCACAAAAUCUUGAUAUUCAUCUAUGCUGGCAAUUGAUUGCAGAUGAGAGGGUCCGUGAGUUGAAACAGGGUACUCCUUUGGGAAAAUUUUAAAAGCCAUGUGCAUAAGUUUGUUCAAAAGCUGAUGCCAUCUUAUAUUGCAGCUUAGCAAGUUUUGUAGUCAAGAUUAUGGGGCUGGCAGUGUGACGGUGUCCCUGUAUCUUGGUGUCUCUGUAUCUUGUUUAGUGUUGAGCAAUUUCUAUAAUGGAUCUGUUCCUUUGUUAUUAACUAGCUUCUUUAGAUAAUUUCAGUUUGUCUUCAAUUGUGAGGGUAUUUAAUUUUGGGAUUCACUAAAAACUUUCAUAAUAUUUCAUUUUAGUUAUGAUAUUUAAAUUUACUUUGCCAUUAAA